AAAAUAGUGGAGGUUAUGGUGAUGAUGGGUAUGGGAGAUUAAUGGACAGGGCUGCCCAUUGAUAAUAGGGUCGGACCAAAAUUUAAAGGGUCUUGACCUUUUAAUAUUUUAGUGGACAGGGUCACUAAAGGGCUUUAAGAUAUAGGGUCAAUAAUGGGCUUUUAUUGACAACCCAUUUAUGUCAAAGAAAAAUUAAAGGGCCAAAAAGAAAAAAUCCAAAUUUAAGAAAAAAAAAUUAGAGGAUUAGAAUGACCAAAGAAAAAACCAGAACCUCCAAUUUUUCUCCCCUCUUUUCGAUCUUCUGAAGAAAUAAACCCUAAGUUCUUCAAUUGAUUUACAAAUUAUUGCGAUUUCGAGCUUUCAAGCUUCACAAUUUAGACGAUCUUCUUUGUUUUUCCUUUGAGUGUGUUCCUUAAUAUGGAUGAUGAUACUACUACUACUACUUAUACGACACGUGAUGAUGGAUAUAAUGAAUACAUCACUCCGCAACGAAAGAGAAAGAAGAGGUCUAAAGUUUGGAGAUAGCUUAUUGAAGGGAAGAAUGUUCAAGGUGAAAGAAUUGCUACAUGUGUACAUUGUAAUUCUAUUUUAUCUGCACAUCGUGAUAGUGGUACAUCUCAUUUGAAGCGUCAUUUAGAGAGGUGUGCAAAUAGGCCUCUAGGACUUACAUUUGAGGAAGAUAAUGAUGAAGAAAAUUUUGUUUUUGACAUAAAUGAACUUUGAAAAGAGAUUCUUAAUUUCAUUGUUGAGGAAGGUCAUUUAAUUUAUUCACUAUGGUUGAAGAACAAGGAUUUAGGAGAAUGAUGAAAAGAGCUACCCCUAAGUUUAUACCAUUUGGCUGUGCAACCACAGAGAGAGAUUUAUUGAAGGCUUAUGUAUUGGAGAGGGAUAAAUUGAAAGAUUUGUUGUCUAAUGUUUUUAACAUUUCAUUUGUGUCACUUCUCACUUUGUUGAUGAUUCUUGGAAACUUCGUAAAAAAAUUCUUAGGUUUAGGGCCUUGGCUCCUCCAUAUGAUAGGGUAAGUAUUGCUAAUGAGAUUUGUAUGUUUCUUUGCCAAUGGAAAUUAGAUGAUAGGAUACUCUCUAUCACCGUUGAUAAUGCAACUUAUAAUGAUGCAAUGAUAUCUUGUUUGAAGAGACGUCUUGUUCCUAGAGGAGGGUUAAGUUGUGGUGAGACAUUGUUUCAUGUGCGGUGUUGUGCCCAUAUUAUUAAUCUUAUUGUGCAAAAAGGAUUGACUUGUAUAAGUGGAAUUUCGGAUAAAAUUCGUUCAUUUAUAAAGUUGAUCAUCAAAUCUUCUCAUAGAAGUGAAGAAUUCUAUGAUUGUGCGGAGAAGAUAUUUCACCUUGAUGUAAAAAGGAAAUUGAACCUUGAUAUGCAUGUUCGUUGGAAUUCCACGUAUAAAAUGCUUGGCACUUCUCUUUACUUCAAAGAUGUUUUUCUUCACUUGAGAUCUAGUCAUGCUUCAUUUCAAUCAUAUAUUCCUUUAGAGGAUGAGUGGGAAAAAGUAAGCGUGAUUCACAAUUUUUUGGAGUUGUUUUAUGAGGUUACUUGUAUAUUUUCGGCGGUGAAUUAUCCUACUUCUAAUGUGUAUUUUAAAGAUGCAUGGAUGGUGCAUCGCCAUUUGCUUGAGGCGGAGAAAGGUCCUUAUGAUUAUUUAAAGGAAAUGGUGAAACCAAUGCUUGAAAAAUUUGACAAGUAUUGGUCGGAUUACAAUUUGUACUUGUCAUGUGCCGCCAUUCUUAAUCCGAGGUACAAAGUGAAAUUUGUGGAAUAUUGUUUUAGUAAGUUAUAUGGAAGUGUAGAGGCCUCAAGACGAAUUAACUUGGUGUUGGGAACUAUGAAGUCAAUGUUUGAGGACUAUAAGUUGCAAUAUGCUAGUAGUUCACCUAUUGUAGUUGCUCCUUCUCCUCCUAGUACUUUUGGAGCUAGAAACUACUUUAAUGAUUAUGACCAUUUUGUUGGUACUAGUGCAAGGUCUUAA